AUGGACCGCAGCCCUUACGUCGUUGGUCCCGCGGGAGACUUCCAGCAUACGCAUACGAUCAUAUUCCUUCACGGCAGAGGAAGCGAUUGCGACGAGUUCGCCAGCGAGCUCUUCGAAAGCGAAGCGUCUGAUCUCUUGGUGCCAGAGGGACCGCGGACGCUGCCGGCGCUGUUCCGCUCGGUCCGGUGGGUCUUCCCGUCUGCGCCACAGACUCUUUCUGAGCGCUUCGGUGCUGUAGAGCCCCAGUGGUUCGACAUGUGGGCGGUCGAAAGCCCGGAUGAGCGCUUUGAGUCCCAAGUGAAAGGGCUUAGGCAGAGCGUCACGCUCCUAGAGGCCGUCAUUGCCAACGAGGAGGCGCUGGUGCCACGAAACAGAAUCUUCCUCGCCGGCAUCAGUCAAGGGUUCGCUGCUGCAAUCACGGCCGCCCUCUUGGCUAGAGACUCCUUCGCCGGUUUGAUUGGACUUUGCACGUGGAUGCCGAAAAGGGCUUACGAGGCUAUCAGGGCUGUGGAAGGACUCGACAGGGAGGAGCGGAUCGUCAAAAGUACGUCUGUGUUCCUUGCACAUUCGCGGGAUGAUGGUGUUGUGCCUGUCGAAAAUGGACGUGGUCUUCGGGAUUACCUAUCACAGCAUUUUCCUGCCAUAGAGUGGCACGAAUACGAAUCAGCAGAGCACUGGAUCGUGGAGCCAGAGGGUGUGGACGAUAUCGUUACUUUUCUCAGGUCCCAUAUAGGACAAUGA